GGAACAGUAAGACUUUCUACCUGUAUUCCUAAAAUAUUUUUCGGAGUUGGUCACCCUUCAGUUAUAGUAAUUUAUGUACCUAGUCUAACAGAGAGCAUGGUGCUUAAAAGCAGUGCCAUAAGACUUGACGUCUGACAGUUUGUAUUUUGGAAUUUCAAAUUUGUAAAAUAAACGUUAAAACAAAAUCCACGCUAACUGAAAAAUCAAAAUAUUGUGAAUUGUGAUAAAUGCUACAAUAUGUCCGACAUUGAAGAAGAGAAUAUGGUGACAUUUCGUACUGGAAUUGGGGAAAUAUCUGUAGGUGGAUUUAGCAGACACUCAAAAAAUAUGUCAAUGAACAAUGUUGACAUCAAUUCCAAUCCCUACAAGCUGGAUCUUCCACAACACGAUGUCCGGAGCAUGUAUCGUGAACGAGCAAUAUCUCCAUUUUCUUUAAGAAGUGAUUUUGGACCUCCUAGGUUUCAUCCUGGACAAUAUGCGAGUUCUCAUAGAUCUGUUAUUAAUGGCAGGAGUAGAUCUCCAAUGUCAAUCCGUAGUGUGGAUUCAACAAGAAGUGUUAUUGACAUAACAAAUGCUCUUAAGUUUGAAUCUUUUAAUACGCAUGAAUUACAGGUUAUUAAAGAAAUAGUUUGCCGUAAAUUAAAACUUAAACUUAGAAGAAGGUAUGAAAAAAAUAGACAUAAAUCUAUGGUAUUGAAAAGUAACAGAAGUAAUAUGCUAAAACGCAUUAGAAGUUUAAAAUGUUCAGAUAGAGAUAGUAGUGAAUCGCCUAUAAGCAGCAAUGAAGAUGAUGAACACGGGUUACAUAAAAAUAUGACAGUUCUUACAAGACCACAUAUGAGUCAAGUAGACAAAUCUUUACUGAUGAAUUCAAUCAAUAAUGAAGAUAAAUACACAAACCAUACUAUUGCUCUUAAAAAAAAUGUAUUUUCAAUUAAGCAAAAAGCGUCCAACAAGUUUUCUGAAGUAGCCAAGCCAGACUCCACUCAAACAUGCAAUGAAGGGCGAACUUUAAAGGAUUAUUUUCCAAGUGAAUAUAUGUUUCCCUCUCAAAGGUUCAAGAAUACCACAAAAAGUGAAAAUAAUUCUAAUGAUAUACCAAGAUUAGUAGUAAGUCAAGAAAGUCUUAGCAGUGAAAAUGAAGAUAUAUUUUCUGACAGUGAAAAUAGGAAACGAUCUUUUGAUCAUCAAUUCAGUAACAAUGCAAAGAGAAUAAAACUUGCAAGUAAUGUUACAAAUUCUGAACUAAUUUAUUUAAAAGAUACAUUUAAAAAACCUUUAGUACCUAAACUUAAAGACAAUAGUAAUGCAAAAGAAAUUCUUAUUUCUAAGGCAGUACCACCUUCAAAACUGUUUAAUAACAUAAAUGAAGAUAUACAAAAUGAAAGUGAGGAAUCAAAAUUAGCUGAAGUGUCUAUGAAAUCUAGUUUUUCAAAGCGAAAGUUAUUCACACAAAAAGUAGAUUUUUUAAACUCUAAAGCAUUAUCUGAUACUGCUGGAGCAAGUCCCCAAACUAAAGUUGACAAUAAAGAACGGAAUAAAACUAGAAAAUUAGUAACAACACAGUCUUGUCUAAAUAGAAAUGUAUCUGACGAGGAAGACAAUGUUUUGGAUUUAAUUCACAAAAUAGUACCUGCUGAACAAAUAUAUGCAACAUCUAGUAAAACAAAUACUGUCCCAGAUGACAAAUAUGAUAGUGAUGUUAGUGGUACAUUCACUGAUGAAACACUCAAUGGCACAGUUUUUGAACAAACCAACAUUGACAUGGAUAAAAAUACUAAAUUGGUGAGCUCAUCGAAAGCAAAACAUUGUAGAGUCACAAGACAGAAUGUUCUUCCCCAGAAUUCAGGAUCUUCUAAGACUGUGUUUCAAAGAUCAAAUUAUAUGAAAACCUUCUGGGAAACUGAUAUAGAAAGUGAAAUGGAAUCUGAAAAUAUACCUAUCUGGAAAAUAUCACGACCCACUCGGAAUAAAGAUAACUUGAAAGAUGUCACCUUAUCAACUUUAAAUACAACCCACCAAGUAGGUAAAAAUAGAGCUAAAAUAUUAACUGUGCAAGAUUUAAAAAACAAAAUCGCCAAUUCUAAAAAAAGAUUGAAUACUGCCACCGAAAUUGAGCAGCUAUAUGACCAAGAACAAACUAUAAAAAAACUGAUUCCGAAAGUUGUAAUUGAAAACAUUAAUAAUCUAAGUCAGUUUGAACCUGACAAGCCUGGCAAAGAAAAGAAGAAAACUAUUGCUUCAAGUAAUAAAAAUAAGAAUCCGAAUACUCAAGAAGUUUCAAACAUUCAACAAAGUAAGAGGAUAAGAAGGCCUACAAAAAAAUAUUAUGAAUGUGAAGAUGCGACAACUAAAGCAAAAAAGAGUAAAACAAACGAAGGUAGCAAAAACUCAAAAGUUAAUUCAAAAGCCUCGGUUACAAAGAGCUCACUCGAUACUAGCGAUUUAAAUAUUUCAAGUAGGACGAAACCCAAACGAAAUAAAAGUGACGAAAGAAGAACAUCAAAAGAAAAUAGUAUUCAACGUAGUGACGAUAUUCUCAAUAUUUCAAUAAAAAGUUUAAGACCAAGAAAAAAUAAAAACUGCACGUUUUGAUAUAGUUACUAAACUAAGCUAUGCUAUUGAAAUCAACGCCGAGUUGUUAGAUGAAAUGCUCAAUCUCAAUACUCAAUCGACGAUAUAUGCUUCUUGCAAGGAGAUUUGUAAUCCCCGCAUUUUUUAAUUGUUCGAAGAUAAGUAUAAAAAUAGAAAUGCCAAACUAUAGAAUA